CCUGUAAGUAUUAUGCUUUUAAGUCUGUUAGUGUGUACAAGUGCGUGAUGUAAGGAAAGGUCAGAAAAUUGGCAGCCAGUAAUAGUCACUUCCUACUAAUGCCAUAUUAGAAUGGAAGGAGUGAACUUUACACAGUUUAUGUGACCACUGUGUUGGACUGAUGUUGGAAUACCAUUUAAUUCUUCAGAAAUUGUCGGACAUGAAAAUGGGGAGCACGUUAGCGAAGUGUGCAGCCACCGACCUCGGUAUCCAGUGGGCUGGUUGGGCUAUAGCGGCUGCUCUCAAAACCGAAAAGUUCUAUGACUUAGCAGGGUCAAGCACAUUUAUACUGCUUGCCCACUUGAGUCGUUUCUGGGGAGGGACCGGUCAUGUGCGACAGAAUGUGCAGACUGGACUGGUGACAGCAUGGGGACUAAGGCUUGGUACAUUCCUCUUCAUGCGAAUCCUGAAGGACGGCCAGGAUCGGCGGUUUAACAAUGUCAGAGACAGCCCAGGGACUUUCUUUGUGUACUGGAGUGUUCAAGCUAUCUGGGUGUUUAUGACCCUGCUGCCCACGCUCAUGCUCAACAGUGAGAGCAGAGAUGAGCCCUUGGGAGUGAGGGACUAUGUUGGCUGGGGGAUAUGGGGCCUAGGCUUUGCCACUGAGGCCAUUGCUGACCAGCAGAAGUGGCUAUUCAAGCAGAAUCCGGAUAAUGCUGGGAAGUUUAUAAAGAGUGGAUUGUGGGCCUACAGUCGGCACCCAAACUACCUGGGAGAGGUCCUGCAGUGGUCAGGCCUCUGGCUCUCUGCUUCAUCUGUGAUGCAGGGUUCCCAGCAUUUGAGUGUUGUGUCCCCUCUCUUUGUCUGGUUCCUGCUGCGUCAUGUCAGUGGCAUUCCUAUACUGGAGAAGCAGGCAAUGAAGAAGUGGGGCUCUGACCCUGGCUUUCAGGAAUACAUUAAGAACACUCCUCUUCUUUGGCCACAUCCCAAGUUUUGAUGUUAUUUGUCUUCUUCUUGGCUCAUGCAAAAAACAGGACAUUUAUUGCAGAAUCCUUUUGUCCAUGGUUGUUCUUGUACUGAAGUUCAUUCACACACUUAAUGGUUGUACUAUUAUUUGUCAACAUUGCUUAGUUUGGCCUAUUACAUGAUAUACAUUCAUGCCUAUAAAACAUUUUUAUUAACUUGAUGCAGUUGCAGGCAGCACACAUUGUUAUACUUCACUGAUAAUUAUGAUCAAUUAUUGACAAUAAACUGUUCCAAAUCUGA